AAGUGACCUAAAAAGGAGACCAGCGCAAGCCCCUGAGCAGUUUCACUUCCGCAGGGAGCCCAGCGCGGCGAGCCCUCGCCCUGCGGCCCGCGCCCCGGGGCUGCGUUUCCGGGGCCUCGGCCGCAGCAGCCGCGGUGGGAAGCGGGCUGAGGACAGCGAGGCCCGGAGACCAGGUCGAGGAGAACCUCAGAUCGGGAGAGUCCCGGCUCGGCGGGCACGCGUCCAGGCGCCCGGGCUUCAGCGGCCGCGAUGCUGCCAGCAGCGCCAGGCUGGGCGCGCGGGAGCUGCGAGCAGCCUGCAGGCGGCUCAGCGCCCCCAGAAAAUGCAAAAGACAUCAUCAUGAUAUAUGAAGGAGAUGCUGAGGAAUGGGCUCUGUACUUGAGUGAAGUUUUCUCACAUGUUGUGAAAACGGAAGCAACCCUUUUAUAUUGCUUGGAGAAUUGCUCUCUUCGGGAUUUGGAAUUGCUAAAUUUAAACUCCUACAAGUGCAAGCUUUUGAUAUUAUCAAAUAGCCUGCUUGAAAACCUAUCUCCAAAGAAAGGUCAAUUUCUGAAAAACAUACUUCAUUCACCAGAAAGUGUGGUCACUCUGCUGUGUGGGAUGAAGAGUUCAGAUCAACUCUACAAAUUAUUAAAUAUCUCUCGAAGCAGAUGGGAGAUCUCAACUGAGCAGGAGCCUGAAGACUACAUCUCUGUAAUUGAGAGUAUCAUAUUCGGAGGUUCUGCAGACUACCUGGAGAUCAUUAUUUCACCAGACCUAAGAAAGGAACAUUCUGGGCAAAUCAGUGAGAGAAAGGAAGUUGAAGAAUUAUCAGAAGCUUCAGGAAGCACCAUACAACAGGCAGUGGUGGUUCCUGCUGAGAUUCCAUGUGAGAAUCCUGGUGAAAUAUUUAUUAUUUUGAGAGAUGAAGUAACCAGUGAUGCUGUGGAGGUUGAAUUUACAUCAAAUAGUAAAUGCAUUAGAACACAGCCAGCCCUCUGGAAUAAAAGUGUCUGGAGUAUGAAAGCUUUAGAUUUUCCUGCUGGCUCUGUCAGUGUUGAUGUCUACUGUGAUGGAAUCAUUAAGGCCACAGCAGAGAUUAAAUACUAUACAACCCCGAAGGCUAUGAAAUGCCUGUUGGGAGCGACAGGUCCAAGAGAUGGUGUGUACCAGAAUGACAUUGACGAACUUGAUGAUAUUCUCACAUCCACAUUCAAACAUGAGAUACCAUUCUAUGAAUUCCAAUCACUCCAAACUGAAAUCUGCCCUCAAAAAGAAUAUUCUUAUUUCAAAGAACUUCCAACUCUUCUCCACUGUGCAGCAAAAUUUGGGUUAAAGAACUUGGCUGUUCAUUUGCUUCAAUGUUCAGGAGCAACCAGGGCAUCUAAGAUAAAAAAUUCGGAAGGUUCAGAUCCAGCACAUAUUGCUGAAAGGCAUGGUCAUGAAGAACUCAAGAAAAUCUUUGAAGACUUUUCAAUCCAAGAAGUUAGCAGAGAUAAUGAGCAAGAAAGUCACCAUGAAGAGGGUAUUACCUCAUUUUCUACAUGUUCUCCUACCGUACAGAGCCCAGCUCUCGACCAUCAAAGCUGGCUUUACAGGCAGACGGCAGAAGAAGCCAAAGUGAAUGAAAUGGCAGAGGAAGAAAAAGAGCAUGAAUCAGGCAUGGAGGCUGAGCACAGUCCUCCAGAGGUUGACAGUGAAAGUGAGAACCAGUACGAUGACUUGUAUGUGUUCAUUCCUGGAGACAACCCUGAAAAUAAUUCCCAAGAGCCCCUCGUGUGUCCCAGACCACCUCUCCCGCCACCACGACCUGUAACCACUGCCUUCCAACUGGAAAAACCUCACUUCCCAGUACAAGCAGGGAAAUUGUUGGAAGGCCAAAUGGAAAGAAGUCAAAGUUGGUGUGAUUUCAGUGUAAGAUAUGAAACAGGAAGUGAUUCCGAAGAAGAGAAGAAAGAAGAUGAAAAGGAUCAGGAAGCGGAGGAAGACCCAUACACUUUUGCUGAGAUUGAUGACAGUGAAUAUGACACAAUUCUGGCCAAUAGGAGUAUAAAGAAAAAAAUUGGAAGUCGUUCAUUCAUUAUGAACAGACCUCCUGCCCCCACACCACGACCCACAAAUAUCCCUCCAAAAGAGGAAACUACACCUUACAUAGCGCAAGUCUUUCAACAGAAGGCUGCCAGAAGACAAUCUGAUAGUGACAAGUUCCAUGGUCCUAAGAAACAAGACAGAGGUCGGAUGGAGAGUCAGCCCUUCUCCACCGUAAGGGACUGCCUUGCUGCGGGACAGGAGGAACUCAUCCUGCUGCAAGAGAAAGUCAAGAAUGGGAAACUCUCUGUGGACGAAGCCCUGGAGAAGUUUAAACACUGGCAGAUGGGAAAGACUGGCCUGGAGCUAAUUCAGCAGGAAAAACUACGCCAACUACGAGAUUGCAUUGUUGGGAAAAGGCCAGAAGAAGAAAAUGUCUACAAUAAGCUCACCAUUGUGCACCAUCCAAAUGGUAACGAAAGUGCCCACAAUGAAAGUAUGUUAUAUAACAUACCCUUUGGCAGUAAGGUUAUUAUAAUGAAACUCAAGAAUCUGCAGACACUUUCUGGGUGAAGCAAGCUUGCAUUUGGAUUGACUGCUGUCUCAGGACAAAUCUUUGCUAUGAAAGCAGAAGCAAGUUUUGAAUUUCAGAAUGUUAUUGCCACAAUUUAUUGGCAUUGUACCUGCUUCAAAUGAGCAUAUCAAGAUUAAGUUUGAAUGCUAUAGAGGAGUUGCAUUCUUUGAAAAUUCUUGCAUUUUACCAGGCACUUUGCCUGUGAAGCAGGUAUUUCCAAUUUUUAAAAUUAAAAACAAGAGCAGAGAAGUUGAGCAGAGAAGUUAAAUGCUCUGUAGCAAAGUAAUUGGGCCUAUUUAAGGGGCUAACCUUAUAGUUUACUCCUCCUACACUGAGAAUAAACAUAGGAAAAUACAAAUUUGUUUUAUACAUAUUGGUUUUUCCAGUGGAUAAUCUAUUUUCUGAAUUUCUCACGUUCAAAACUCUAAUUGUUA